CGUGGGGAAGAGAGACGAGGAAGGAGAGUGAAUGUGAGAAGAAAAAAGAAAAAAAAGAAACCACAGGCGGAGAGAGGAGAGCCUAGGUCUGAGUUAACAUUGGCUGCAUUGUCUUCCUGCGUUGACAUACCUCCCCGUGUUCUGUGUUCACAGCAGGAAGCCGGGGGAAGAGAUGAGUUGCUGCUUUCCACGGGAACACUGAGAGGCUGCCCGCCUGCUUGGCUGGCUGUGCUGCCGGGAGAACCCGUCCACGUCCCUCCCUUUGUCUCUCCAUAAUUGGCAACGGCAGGUUUUCACAGCCAGAGAGGAGAAAAGCGGCGUGGAGAUCUAAAAGGAGCGGACAGAGGAGUGAGAAGAAAGGGAAAAGAGAACAGAAGAAGAGGAAGGGAAGGACAGCCUUGUCACAGUGUUUUGAAGGGGGAAACAAAGCCAGAGGCUCAUAACAAAAGUGCUGUAUGGGAUUUGGAAUACAUUUCCUUGUCUUGUCAGUGACAUUGGUGUCUUCUCAUCAGCACAACUCCACGUCGGAUUCUUUGUCAUGUGUUGGGAAUGCACAAAGGAGCACUUUAGUUUCUACCUCUGAUACAUUCGCAGCCGUCUGGGAGUCAAAAUCUCACAUAAGUGGAUGUUUUUUAUGACAUUCAUGGGGUAAAAUCAUCACAGCAGACAGAAAAAUUGUGUUCAAGGUCCUAGGCGUCUCUGAUCAGGUGUACUGACUCUAGACCACAAGGAUUUAACACAGGUAUAAGAGGAACCUGGAGGCGGACAUCAUUUUCAGUGCUGGAAACAUUCCCAGAAAAGUUGUGCAAAUCAUAGUUUGUGAUACUGGAACGGCUUACUGGGUUUGCUAUAUGAACAUUUCUAUAUGAACAUUUGAUGCAUCCUGUCCACUGGUGUAACGGGUGUCUAUGUAACCUCGGACUGCAGAACUCUGAUCCUUACUACAAGAUGACAUCAGAAACAUUGUACGAACUGCCGCUCAACGUCUACAUAAUCAUCCUGGGCAUCGGCCUCUUCAUCCUCAUGCUCAGCCUCAUCUUCUGCUGCUACCUGUUCAGACUGAGGCGACGAGGUGCUAGAGGGCAGUAUGGCUACAACGAGGUUGUUUUAAAAGGAGCGGAGAAGAAACUGAGCCUACUUGGUCAAACAUGUGCGGUGUGCUUGGAAGAGUUCCGCAGCAGGGACGAGCUUGGAGUGUGCCCGUGUUCCCAUGCUUUUCACAAAAAGUGUCUGCUAAAAUGGUUAGAGAUUCGCAGCGUGUGCCCCAUGUGCAACAAGCCCAUUUGUCGCCUCCAGCCUGACCACCAGCAACCAGUGCCUCAGAGUCUCCUGGAGGUCUGAGAAUGGAGCGUACGUCCAGCAGCACUCCACAGCUCUUCAGUCACUUGACCUGUCACUGUACAGAAUCCUGUUCCACAAUCUGACACACAGUACUUUUAGUAAUGUGAGUAUUUAUGAGGCAGAGCUCUUCUGAAAGUGGAAAUAAAUAUAGAUAUGAGAGUAAAUAAGGAAAGCCAAAGAACAUUCCCGGCAAACUGAAUAAGGUGAGAGAUGGGAAUGGUAAUCACAUUUAAUCUGUAUGUACACGGCAGUAGGUAGAAAUCAACCAAAGGCAGAAAAAAGGAGAAAGUUCGAAAAUAACCAGCCAUCUCCUAUGGCUUUCCCAUCGUUGGGGUUCCUUCCACCAGAUGUGCACAAGAUUAUGUGCCCAAAACAAGGUAACUUUACUGUUAACAUCAUACAGAAUUCAAACCUCUCUCUCCCACCUGAAGGUCCUGCAUGUCCCUGCUUGGAAUUCAUUUCUUUAGAUAAAAGGUGUACAUUUUGCAAAAACAUGUCUAAUUUAGUUUGGUGUUAUUCUCCCUUUGUGCAGCCAUGCACAGCUCCGAGUGCUCUCGGUAUGUUUGGAUCACCCGUUGGAAGUCCCAUUCAUGACUAGCUUUGCAGACACAAAACAGACUUUUUUUAAGUCAAACUAACGCAACCAUGAUAGCGAUGAUCAUCAGUAUCGACAGUAGCUGGGAAUGGCCCAGAGACCAGAAAGCAGUUUCUAGUGGAGGACUUGUUUAAGGCCAAAAAGGCAUAUCAGGUCAGAAGGUAGCACCAAGUUUUUCAGUUUUGGCUCUCUUCAAGUUUGUCCUCUUUUCCCAGCCUACAUCAAGUGAGGUUUGACUGUUUUGAACAGAGGUGGAAGAGAUUCAGUGAGCAUCCACCUGGGCACACCAAGAGUUAGCAAUCCAAGUGGAGCAGAUGUGGAGGGAGAGGUGCAGCACUUCACAGUGGGAUAAUCUGGAGUCAGAUUUAAAUAAAGCUACUUUUUAAUGGUGUGGUCACAGAAUUAUUACUUCACCUCUUGGCGAUCAGCUAUUCCAGUCUGUGCGGAUCACCUCGCCGAUCAUGAGCUAGCUUUUUAAAGCCUGAAAACAAAACCCAGAGAAAGUGCAGCAGUCCACUUUCCUCUGCAACUGCUGGAUUACAGCAUGCUGGGAGGUUAUCGAUUUUCUUUUUUUUCAUUGUUGCCAAAACGAUUUUGUCCACUGUAGCUUUAACACAGUCAAGCCAGAUGUGUAAACUAAUGGACAAGUGCCUUCAAGAUGCAUACAAUGCAAAGCCCACUAAAAACAGAUGAAGUAUUUAAGAGACUUUGUAAUAUAAAAGAGAAAAAGAAACUGGAUUUGAAGUGAAAAAUGUAGCAUUCAUGUAGUUUUGCCAAAAAAACAGACAAACAACAAAAACAACAAUAACUCAGACCACAAAUCAUGCUUCCCUUCAUCAACCUGUGAUGACAAAGUUGUUACGAUUCGUGUUUGAAAUUCAGUUUGCUGGUUAUGGUGGAAGAGUCUGUGCUACGUGUGAACAGUGAAUGCGAAACUUGUCAGACAUAAGUCUAAACUUCAGACUUCAAAAGGCUCCAGUUUAAUAUAGACACAAGUUUUGCUUCAGGUUAAUGUUCUCUGGCUCCAGCCACCAAACUUUUGUGCAAUUUAAAGACAGCGUCAUCAUCAGCAGUAUAUGAACAGGAUCAUUAGCAGAGAUACCAGCUAGUUGUCACUAGUUAACACAAACUUGCUGAUCAAGUGGGGUCAGAUAAUAUAGCUUUACUGUAACUGAACUAAUGAGAUUAUUUCUGCCUUCAGAGCAGCUCUGCCUCUGAGAAAUGUUUGUAUGACAAACUCCAGUCUGCUUGUUUUUUUCCUUUUUUUUGUUUUUUUUUACUUUACCCAAAAAUGACAUGCAGCUCCUUGUGAAUAUGAUUUGCUUUGAUCGUUUGCUACAUUUUCAUAGAGCCUGAGAAAAAAAGUACAGUCUCUUGACAAUGUUAUGAAGCGAUCUGAACCUCCUUUGUCUCAGUGUGAUGAGACGACAACGAUGAUGAUGAUGAUAAUGAAUGCAGAGACUGUAAAGAAAGUGCAAAAUGACCCACAGGGCUGAUUUAACUUAAGGAAAUGGGAUUAUUGUGAACUAACAAGAGGAAGAGGUGUAUUUAUUCAGGUGUAUCUACUAUUUCUCAGUCAGCUCUGUACUAUAUUGGGUUGCCAAGCUGAGUGAAGGUAGCCAUGUCCCAAAUGACAAGACAGUUGAUUCAUAUAGGCUCUGACAGAAAAGAGCUGCUUGUUCAUCUACAGCUAAGGGUCUCGAGUGACUCACCCACUAAAAUAUACCUGAUUUUGAUAUUUGUUUCUUCUUUAAAAAAAAAAAAAUCAUAACAAGGUUUCAGUAAAAAUAUACUGUGAGUCUGUGAUGACACAGCACUUUUGCAGGAGUGCUAACAUGAACUAAUUCACCUUUAAGGCAAUCUUAGCUCCCCAUGUCUGAAGAGCUACACUUGCUAAAGUAAGAAGGGACUGCAGUGACAUGAAAGAGCCUGUCCGAGAACAAGUGAGGUACAUCAUAAAUAUAAUUCUCUGUAUUCACCAUGUUAUACAGGUUAAGUACUGUGUAAACUGUAACUAUAACUGUUUCUGACUUCUAAAAUAUAUUCAGUACAAUCAGCUUUUUGAUAAGGUUGUCUGGAUCCACGUCUUUUUUUUUGUCUAGAUUUGUUACAUGUACACAGUUAAAACUGUUUAUUUCUAUGUUGUCAUUUUAAUAUAUGAAAGAAAAACCUGUUGGUACUCUCGCUAUAUUUUAGCAACUCUGAUCUUUUACAAUGUGUCCUCAUACAGAAUAAUCACAGUGUUAUAACCAAUGAGGUGCCACCUUAUCGGUGCUAUAUAAAUGUACCCACCAAUAAUUCUGUGUAAGUUUAAAUACAGUUUGUUGUUAUCUUUAUAGCAGUGUCUUUGGUGUUGACAACCUCAGCCUGUUGGUUCGUCUCUCCAUCAAACACUUUGAGCUUUGAAGAAACCAGACAAUUAUUGUACCGCUAUGGGAUGCUGUAAAAACCAU